GCAAAGCGACGAGCCGCAGCAGAAGUCAGACGGAGACGCGCGCCUCACAGCACCUUCGCCUGCUUUUUUCCUCCUCGGGACUAUUCCUCACACAAGUGUCUCUUCCUGGUGCUUUUCUAUUCUGAGAACUGGAUCGAGGAAUACAGAGACAGUGAAGAGCCUGUUAAAGGAUGUCAUUUCUUUCUCGAUAGACAUUGCGUGGUUCCGCACUGCGCACAAGCCGUAUUCGGAUUAUCAAACUCAGUUCGGAAGAAUUCCAUCGUCGCGAAGCGUUCUGGUAAAUGCAUUUUAGUUCGGUGUCCACCCAUUUUUUGACGCGUCUGGACCCCGAUGAGAGAUCCCACCAGUGGCUCAAGAUCGUUUUUACGCAGCCAAUCCCCGGAUCGCAACGUCGCCAGUGGUAGUCCUCGCCGAAAAGCAGUGGAAACCCCGUCCGCGUGCAGAGCCAAGUCUCCGUUAGAUCCGUCACGUCAGGCCAAACGGCUCCCCAUCAGGAUUGUAAAGAUGUUGACGGCGCACGGCGGCCACUUGCUCCACCCGGAGUACCUUCAACCCCUUCAGUCCGCGCCAGUCAGCAUCGAGCUGGAUGCCAAAAAGAGUCCAUUAGCUUUGCUGGCACAGACAUGCUCGCAAAUUGGCAAACCGGACCCUCCCUCCUCUUCCAAGCUGGCCUCCCUCUCCUCAGGCAGUUUGGGAGACAAAGAAGCCACAAGCCGAUCAUCCAAGCCUGGAGAGCAGCACCAGUCUUCGGAGGACAAGUCCAGCUUCAAACCUUACGCCAAGUCAUCAGGUGACUGCCGUAAAGAAGUUCAAGUGUCCAAGGGGUCUUCAGAUAAAACUUUCAGAGUGGCCAAUGGAAGCGCGAGCGGUGGCAGUGUUUCUUGUCCAUCUUUUCCACCUCAUUCCAAAUCACCAAGCUCCCCUCAGCUCCACACUCAGAGCCACCCUCCGAUACGAAGCCAUUCCCCGUCCACUCAACCGCUGCCACACUCACAGGCCUCACACACGGACAACAAAAGUGGCAGUUUGGAGCAGCCCAGCUCGGACAUCAACAACAGUGGAGACAAAAAAGACUCAGACACAGCGAAGUCAGUCAUGGAUGGGGCGCAGUUGGCCAACUCCAGCCACAUACGAGCCAGCGCCAACUCCAGUAAUGCCAGCUCUGCCAGUAGUCCGCGUCCUGAGAGCAAGGCCGACACACAGGUCUCUCAGGCUAACUUGGUCUCUGGCCACAUCGCACCUGUCUCCCCUUUUAAACCAGGACAUUCUGUUUUCCCUUUGCCUCCUGCUUCAAUGGGCUACCAUGGCUCCAUUGUGGGAGCCUAUGCAGGUUACCCCUCACAGUUUGUUCCUGGUUUGGACCCUACCAAGUCUAGUCUGGGGUUAGGACUUCCAAGUAAACACCCUAGUUCCAGUCCGCUCACCGGAGCCUCUCCUCCGUCCUUGAUUCAGGGUUUGUGUCGGGACCCUUAUUGUUUGGCCUACCCCAAUGCACCCCACUUGGGAGGAAGUAACUGUUCCACCUGUGUCCAUGACCCCUCAAGUCUCAAGUCUGGCUUCCCCCUGGUCUACCCUUCGCACCACCUGCACUCCUUGCACUCUAGCGCCUUGUCUUCCAGCACCACUCCGUCCCUCUCGCACCCCCUCUACACUUAUGGUUUCAUGCUCCCUAACGAACCAUUACCCCAUGCCUGUAACUGGGUGUCUGUCGGAGGCCCCUGUGACAAGAGAUUUGCCACUUCAGAGGAGCUCCUAGCCCACUUGCGUACCCACACAGCUCUGCCUGGGAUGGUGGACGGUAAACUCUUGUCAGCGUAUCCGUCAUCAAUUUCAUCAACAUCCUCCUGCCAUCUUCAUCUACCCCCACACAGCAGCCCAGGCUCCCUGUCCAGCUCCUUCUCUCUUCGAGGGUCCCCUGGCCUGGGCCUGGCCCGCUACCACCCCUAUAGCAAAUCCCACCUACCUGGAGCACCUGGGCUUCCCAUGCCAUCCAUACCCUCAUCUUCAGCUUACUACUCCCCGUAUGCUCUCUACAGUCAGAGAUUGGGCUCAGCCUCAGCCCUCGGAUACCAGUGAUAUCACAAAUAGCAGUGACAUUCACGGACUGCAGGCACCAGCUUGAACUCUCUGGAGCAAUCCCGAAGAGAGACUGAUCGGAGAGGAAUCUUCAGCAGUCAGGAUUCCUGAUGGUCAGCCUGUCGGGAAUACCAGCUGGCGCUCCAAAAGGGAAAAUAUCUGUGAGAGUUGGAUAGACUUAAAGCUAUUAAUGAUACCAAUAAACAAAGCUUGAAAACGCUGAAAUUAUUGAAAUUAAUUUUUUUUCAUCUGUCUUUAUUUUUUUAUUUUUUUUAAAUUUACAUCGUUUUUAUGUGUCACCGAAAACUGAAAUUAAGUAUUUAUUUUUCACACAAGCGCUUGCUUCAAAUCUGGGAGAUUUCCUUUUCCUGUCUAAAAUAAAGUGUUAAUUGAAAAUCAAGAAUGAUUUAAGUAUAUUACCGUAAUGACUAUUACACACUAAAAAAUAAAACUCUUGCACCAUGAUAAAGAUGGACUAUGAUGCUUUAUUCUGAAUUAUGUCUUUAGGUCUCCUAAGGUUUAUUUUUCUUCAUCUCUAGAGGCCUAUUCAGACUCUGGAUAUGUGCAUGUCAGUGAAAAUUAUUUUUAUUUGUAAAUAUGCAAAGAUGUAAUAUUUUUUCAAGCCCAUGCGUGGGGUAUUGAUUUGGGAUCACAAAUGGUACAGAGGUCAAAUCUGUUAAUAAUGACUGUAAUAUUCAACCAACUUGGGAAAGUCUUAUUUUCUUAAAUAAAUGAUACUUG